AUCGUAUUGAACCCCAAAAAGCUACCGCAGCAAAGAGGAGUCCCACAGAGAAUCGGUGGUCGGUGAAGCGUCUCAGCCUCUCAGGGCCGCCAUAGCUAUUAUUUCACAGUUUAGCGAGAGCUUAAAGAAGAAGGAAGAAAAACACAGAAGAAACAGCUUGAUGGGAACCAAGCACAAGUGCCAAGUCUGUCAUGAAGCUGAAUCUAAGUACAAGUGCCCUUCUUGUCGUGUUCCAUACUGUUCUCUUGUCUGCUUCACCAAACAUAAAGAAACCCCUUGUGCAAUACCAGUAUCUGUGGAGGAAAAGCCAGUUGCUGAUGUGAAAGUGGUGGAAAAAAGGCCAGUUAAAGUUGAUGAACCGGGCGAGGUGCUGCUAAAGUUGCAACUAGAGUCUAUAGCUUCUUCCAGCGAAAUUCGUAAUGAUUUGAUGGACGAGAGCCUUCAAAAGCUCAUACAUAAGAUCGAUUGUUCCACGGACCCAGAAAGUGAACUCGACGUAGCUAUGGGAGUUGAUGUAUUCCGCAUUUUCACUGACAAGAUUCUGUCUGCUAUUGGUUCAUGACUGCCAGCAUUCGUAGACAGAAGCGGAAGACAUGGCUUGAAAGAAAUUCGACAUUCUGUAUGAUGUGGGCCUGGAAUAUUUUGCGCUAUAAUCUUUGAGCCCGUUCAACCGUUUCCAGAGUUUUGAGAAACUUACGGAUGUGUUUAGCAAUGUAAAAUUAUUUUCCUUUUCCA